AUGUCUGGCGAAGGUGUCUCUUCAAUCUUACCUCAAGGUCCAACCACAACAGCCUUGCUUACCCUUCGGGAACGUACAGACGACAGGCAUCCGCGUCAGUCCAGGAUUCGAAGUCAGACGAAUCUGUUCAUCGACCGAAAGUGGUAUUCAUCCCAGAUUAGCGAUCCUUCCGGCAGCGACAAGGAGACAUCUUCUCUUCACUCUAUCGAGGCAAACUUUUCCAAUCACCGCAUAAUCUUGCGAAAGCACUCCAUACUCGAUCAUCUAGACUCCAUGUUUCCCAGUCUCGGGCAAGAUUCGAGCUCUACCGACGACCAUACCAGAUAUCUACAGCGACACCACUGCACUACCACACCUGACUACCUUCCCGCCAUCGCCGAUCCCGUUCUCCUCGGUGCCUGGCUCUUUGUCAAGUUGAAACCCUGGGGAGUGAACCACUGCUGGCCCGACGACCGCUGGCUCGACAGACCCAUCCGUACCUUCGUCCGUCCUGAAGUCGAAGUCCUCCAGCUCCGCGAGAUAGUGUACCAGGCGCUUCGAAAAGCCGGCUCGUCCCCAAACAUCAUCAACGACCCCUUCUUCCCGGAUGCCAUCAUCAUGUUUACGUUCUAUAUGUCCAUGACCGACGGCUGGGCCUCAGGCCUCCAGAAAGUCGAGUUCCUUGUCCUGCUGGCUUCCGCACGCAUGCAGACAGCGGCAAGCGGAGCCAGCGAAGCGUACAGGACGACGGUCGCGGUGGAUGCAUUCCGCACGGUGCUGAGUCGAUACGUGAAGAGCGAAUACGUUCUGGCUCUGGAGGGCAUGUUCACAAUGGCACAGACGAUCAUGCGGAAUAGUGCGAUGGAUACGAUUGAAGCGGAGUUCGACGAUUGUGGGCAACCGGUGUGGAAGCGGGUGUAUCUCUUGGAUUCUGCCGGGUGGUACCAAUGCUACAAGGAGCCGCUGCUGGAGAUCAAAUGCCUGGCUGAGUCGAUCCCGCGGAAUAUCGAGCGAGUGCAUGAAGUUGUGGAAGAUGGACCAUUCCUUGCUUUCGAAGACGUCGAGCUUCCUGCCAGCCUGCUUCUAAAUUCGCACACCAUAUCAAGAGCCUUUUUCUCCACCAUGCUGAGAGUUGCCUCCACAAUCGGUGCGAGUCUUGCGACGCUCGCUCCUUCAAGCUACCUGCGGCGUCUCAUCGAUCUUAUCGAUUUCAUCGAAAAUCUGCCGGAUGGUCUGGUCGAACGUGUCAAACUUGGCGUAUGCCUGGCCUUUGAUCGUCCAGCUCUUGUCCUGGGGCCGGCCUGGAGCUGGGCUCCGCAUGUCCGAGACACGGCGUCUUCGAACCACUUUGCCAUCCCGCAUGACCGUCGCAUCGGGAUUACCUCUGUAGAGUAUGACGGUCACGCCGACGCGCGGCUGGACAAGAUACAUGUUCUGGAGGGAAGUGUUCUCGAGGUCGAAAAUACGACAUGGCAAAAUGUCGUUCUCCGUGACACGCAUCAAGUCCCAGGCUAA